CGUGACGCCUCUCGAGACACGCCCUGCGAGGCGGCGGAGGCGGCCGCCGAAGCAACAGAAGAAGCGGCAGCGUGACAGACCCGCCGCCGGGUCGCUGGUCGUGCCCGCCCAGCGCUCGUUGGCGGUGGGAGCUGCCCUCUCCCAAGCCUGGAGGAAGGCGCUCCCGCACCCCGCGACCAAGGGGAGGGAUGGGCUCGACCGAGGAGCUGCUGCUCCCGCCGCCCGAAUACGCCUUCGAGAGGGACUGGGAGCCGGCGCCAUCGUCGGCGUCUCCGGGCGGGAGGGCAGUCGCCCGGCACAGGCGGAGGAGGCAGCACCGGGAGCAGCGGGAGCAGCAGCAGCCUGGGGAAGAAGAGGCGGAGGAGGGCGAGGGCGAGGAGGAACAACAGCAGGUCCAAGAAGAAGACAGAGACUACAGUAUUGAACCUAUUACAGAUGACUACAAAAAGAUGGGAACUCUCUUUGGAGAGCUCAACAAAAGCCUCAUUAGUAUUGGCUUCACAAGGAUGUAUUUUGGAGAACGGAUUGUGGAACCUGUAAUAGUAAUAUUCUUCUGGGUUAUGCUCUGGUUCCUUGGUUUACAAGCUCUUGGACUUGUUGCAGUCCUAUGCCUCGUCAUUAUUUAUGUUCAGCAGUAAAUCACUAUAGAUGGUGGUUGAACACUAUGUAAUAUCUUGGUGGAUUUACAUACUAAACCAAGCAAGAAUGGUAUAUUAA